AUGGCUGCCACGAUCCCUCUAAGCGACGGCAUUACUGCCGCAUAUCUUCCACUGGCAGUUCAACCAACGAAUGACAUUGCACGUCAGGCUUACGAUGAAGCCGUGUCUACGCUGCAGAAGGAUCUAAAAGGGGACGCUAACGGCCUGAAGAUCGUUUUCUCAGCUAAUUCUCCAGAAAGCAUUCUCCAAAUUGUGAGCCAUUUGGAGGAUGAAUACAACAAGCAUCGAUACAAGCGCAAGAAGGUUUUGGAUUGUUUGCACAGCUUCUCCGCUCGCGUCGCGCACUACGAGCGCGUCCUCGAUACCCUGGCACAGCACCACCCAGAGUAUGUAUCGCUAGCGUGGGGAACUUUAAAGCUGGUUUUCACCGGAAUUAUAAACCACCAUGAACUUGUGGAGAAACUUGCGCAAGCCCUUACCGACAUCGGCAAUAUACUAGCGCAAGUAAAACUCACCGCGGAGCUGUACCAAACAGAGCACAUGAAACAUGCCGUGGCAGCCCUGUAUGCCUAUAUUCUCAAGUUCUUCGUCAACGUCAUCCCCUGGUACAAGCACCGAUCAGCUACUCGCCUACUGCUCUCCAUUGUCAGCCCAUUCGAUGUCGUCUAUAGAGACACCCUACAACACGUCAAGAAUGCCGCCGAUACGAUCGCCAGUCUUGCCAGCCACGCCAGCUGGGCAGAGCUCCGGGACAUGCACGGCGUGGUCAGGGAUGUUCGAGGGGGCGUAGACGACGUCGACCUUCGCUUGCAAAGACUCGAGUAUGGUGUCCAACAGAUCAGUCGGUAUACUAUGAACUGCGAGCAGAAGAUCGACCACGUGCUGAAGGUUGGCAUCGCGACGAAGUCCCUCGUGGAGAAGCCACCGGCGGGACCCCGGGACAUAUACUGCUUCCAGCAGGAGAUCCUCGUGCAGCUCAGCCCACCAGUUGAUCCCGAACGAAACCUGCACAAGCAACAAGUCCUGUCCAGAAACCGCCAGAAGAAGCCUGGAUACGUCUUUGACGUUGGCAGCGUCAUGGCGGCCUUGAAUUGGUGGGGAACAAGCCCGGGAUCGUCACUGCUGAUGCUGCAAUCUGGAUCCCGCGCGAAUGCGGCUACCAAGAGUCUGGCCGUUGAGUUGAUCUCUCAUAUCCGAUCACAGCACUGUGAGACCCUCUACACACUUUCACAGCCCAGCUCUUCUGAUUACACGCCGUCGAUUGAAAACAUCCUGAGGUCACUUUUUUGUCAGGCCAUUCGCCGCCACAGCAACAUCUUGCCCGAACUGUAUGAUGGACUCAACUUCGACAAACUCAAGUCAGACCACGCGGAGAAGGAAUGGCUAGACCUCCUCUGCCGAAUCCUGUGUAGAAUAGGCACUUCCUUCGUCGUCAUUGAAAGCGAGGACCUCUGCCGACUACACAGCGGCGACCGGAAAUGGCAGCUGCAGUUUCUCUCAGCAUUCAAGCAGCUCACGGAAUCCGUCCAAGCCUCAGGGGCCACAGUCAAGAUAUUGGUGCUGAACUUUGGUGCGCCUGAUUCAAAGCUGGUAGAUGAGCUCGAAGGUAGCCCGCACGGGUAUGCAACGGUGCAUCGGGCAUCGCCGCUACCCCCACGCCUUAAACGGACGGCUGCUGCGCGAUCGGAGAAGCAACGAAAGAGUCUGAAGUCUCUUCGGAUAAAGUCUUAG